GUUCCCCUCCCUGAGACGGGCCGUGUCUGUCGGUAGCGGGCAGAGCCUCCCAAUGUCCUCUUUCUCACACCAGAAGAAUCGUAGCCAUGGUGAACUCAGGACUGUGGGCAGCAGAAGUAAGAAUGUCUAAACCCCUGGAGCUGGAGAAGGCGCGGCUGGAGCUGCAAGAGGAGCACACAGACACAGAAAGAAAUGGACCUGACACAAACCACCAGACCCAGCAGAGCAAACCUUCCCCGUUCUCCCCAUCCCCGACCAGCACUGGCACCAAGAUCAAAGCCGAAGACCCCACAGAAAUGCCUCCAGCUCCAGUGCAAGCCCCAGCUCCCACCGCUCAACAGCAGCCGCAUCUACCCCAGGCCCAGCUUAUGUUAGCUGGCAGCCAGCUAGCUGGGCUCACCGCCCUGAUGCCUGCCCAGCAGCAGCUGCUUCUACAGCAGGCUCAAGCCCAGCUCCUGGCCGCUGCUGUGCAGCAGUCCAACGCCGCCGCUGCCGCCGCCUCUUCUCAGCAGCCUGGGGCUGAUCUGUCGGCACCGCAGAACCAGCCCCAGACGCCGCAGCUUGCCCUGUCGCAGCCCAUCCAGCUCACUGCACAGGACAUCCAGCAGCUUCUGCAGCUCCAGCAGCUUGUCCUGGUUCCAGGGCAUCACCUCCAGCCGCCUGCACAGUUCCUGCUGCCACAGGCCCAGCAGGGGCAGCAAGGGCUGCUCCCGACACCAAAUCUCUUUCAGCUACCUCAGCAAAAUCCAGGGAGUCUCCUGCCGAACCAGCCUCGAGCAGGACUCCCAGCACAGCAAGUGACUCGGCCUGGCCUCCCCGAGUCCCACCUCGCCCACUCGCAGCCGCCCAAAUGCCUGGAGACCCCUUCCCACCCCGAGGAGCCCAGUGACCUGGAGGAACUGGAGCAGUUUGCCCGCACAUUCAAGCAGCGACGUAUCAAGCUGGGCUUCACACAGGGUGAUGUGGGGCUGGCCAUGGGGAAGCUUUACGGGAAUGACUUCAGCCAGACAACCAUCUCACGCUUUGAGGCGCUCAAUCUCAGCUUCAAGAACAUGUGCAAACUCAAACCUCUGCUGGAGAAAUGGCUCAACGAUGCUGAGACGAUGUCUGUGGAUUCCACGCUUCCCAGCCCAAACCAACUGAGCAGUCCUAAUUUAGGCUUUGAUGGGCUGCCGGGCCGGCGCCGUAAGAAACGGACCAGCAUUGAGACCAAUGUCCGCUUUGCGUUGGAAAAAAGCUUUCUCGCGAACCAGAAGCCUACCUCAGAGGAGAUCCUGCUUAUUGCCGAGCAACUGAACAUGGAGAAAGAGGUGAUUCGCGUCUGGUUCUGCAACCGCCGCCAGAAGGAGAAGCGGAUCAACCCUUGCAGCUCUGCUCCCAUGUUGCCUGCCCAGGGCAAGCCUCCGGGCUACAGCCCUCACAUGGUGACCAGCCCAGGCACCGGCUCAAGUCUGCCCCUCUCCCAGGCUUCCAGUAGUCUCAGCACAACAGUUACUACCUUGUCCCCAACAAUCUGCUCCCUGACCCCCAGCCGGACAGCGGUGGGAGCUGGGGGCACCACCCUCAACUCUGUCACACCGCCCCCGAGCAACAGCACAAAUCCCAGCCCCCAGAGCACCAGUCACCCAGCGAUCAGCUUGCAAAGCCUGAAUCCUAGUACGGGAAGCACAGUGCUAGGGGUGAAUGCAGGGUUAAACCCAGCGCUAAUGGCCACCAACCCGCUGGCCACCAUACAAGCCCUGGCCAGUGGUGGAAGUCUGCCGAUUACCAGCCUUGAUGCAAGUGGCAACUUGGUGUUGGGUACCACCGCAGGCACAGCCGGGAGCCAGAGCAUCGUGACUUCACCGCUCUUCCUCAACCACGCAGGCCUGCCCUUGCUGAGUGCUACCCCGGGAGGUGUGGGGCUGGUCUCGGCAGCUGCUGCCGUGGCUGCCUCCAUGCCCAGCAAGUCUCCUACCCUGACCUCCUCCUCUUCUUCCUCCUCUUCCUCCUCCUCCUGUUCCUCAUGCAGUUCCUCCAGUGACGUGGCGCAGACUCUGGGGCAGGCUGGUCCCGGAUCCACUGACCCAGAUGCCAAGACGGAGUAAAGGGCUGAGGAUCCAGCAGCCUUCUCACUGCCUUUCCUGACAUGGUGGGGUUGGCAAAGAGCGGACCUACAAAACCAACAAGUGAAACCAAAAAAAUAAUAAUAAUAAAAAAUAAAAGAGAGAACCAAACCAAACAAAAAAAAAAUUGUCAGCAACAGCCAAACGAAAAACCAACCAAAAAAUAACCCAAAGGAACCAAACAAAGCAAAGCAAAAAGGGACUAUCGGAAGAAACCAAAAAGAAUUCCCCAAACUGUUGGCGUUCGUUUUUUUUUUCCUUUUUUCUUUUUCCUCUCUGAUACUCAAAACAAAACACUUUGCAAAAGGUGGCUGCCAGUCCUUUAUUUGGGAUAUCGCUCUUUAAUUCAUUUCUCUUUAUUUUUCAUCUGCUAGUUUCCUGGACAGUACCAGAAAGGAAACAAAGAAAUGGGGAGAGGUUUGCUAUUUUUUUUUUUUUGUAAAAAAAGAGAAAAAAAGAAAAAAGAAAAAGAAAAAAACACCUUUAAAAUCCUUAAGGGGAAAUCAAUCUCACACCAAAAAAUCACCAGUCCUAGCUUCACCCAAAGCUUUUUACAGACUUUUCUAACUUCUGUGUCUGGUCGAAUGUCUUUCAAAAACUCUUUUUAUUUAUUCUUAUUUAUUCUUUUUCUUUUCUUUGGGAUCUAGAAGGGUUGGUAGGGGAGGGUUGGGUUGGUUUAAUUUCAGGUUCGUGCUAUAAAUAUUCUUUUUUAAAAAAAUGUUAAUUGCUUUCUUUUUUUCCCCCUUUCUUUCUUUUUCUUGUGAAUAAGAAACAAAUAAGAAGCUUUUAUCAUUUUGUGGAGAUUCUCCUUAGAUUUGAAGGCUAGGAUUUUCAAAGGCACUGUUGGGAAUUGGGCACCACGUUUCCCCCGUUACAGAAACUGGUUUCCUAAUUUGACGUCCUGCGAUGACUUUUGCAUCCGAACUUCUACCUGUUUGCACAAUGAGCUUCAUAAAAUAAGAGGGAAAUGGGAAAAAAAAACUGUUUAUACCAUUUCCCACCCUACAGUUCUGACUUAUGGUAUAUAAGGUAUCGAACAAAGAUGGAGCCCUGGUGGUAUUUUGUCUACAUCACCUCCACUAUUGUGCUCCAACAGGAAUUUAAUUAAGUAAAUUCAUUAGGGGUAAUAUUACCACCUGCUGACCUGCCCCCCCCCGUACAAAAUGUAAAUAUAAAUCCCAGUGCAGGAGGCCUUGAAAAUCUCAAUCUUCAGCUCUUUUCAGGAUAGGGAGUACUAAACACAUGUAUGUUUUGUUAUUUCAACUUGAACAUUUUCUUUCCCGGUUUUAUUAAUUUUCCCCCUAUUUAUCUUGUCAACUUGUUUUCCUUUUAAAAGUUGAUUUUCGCCUGGGAUUAAUAUCAGGGGUUAUUUUUCUGAAAACAGGGGAUGUGUAAUUUUUAUUAUUUUUGUAUCUGUGUUCUGAAAAAAAAAAUACUCAUAUUCCAGUGCCUGACAAAAACCAA